AUGCGGCUGUUGAGAGGUUUUCAUCACAUUGAUGUGAGCAUCAGGGUAAUUCCAAAUAUUAAAGAUGACACUUCCUAUUGGCCCGAAGCAAGCUCAACAAGCAAUGAGAUGGUGAUUUUAAAUGUUUGUCAUCAUAUGUUAGAUAAUCAAGUUGUUGAUUAUGAAAUUUUCUGUGUGGUUCUUGUACUUUCCAUAGAAGCUGAUAUAUUUGUGUAUUUUAGGACUGGUUCUUUAGCUGGUUUUGGAAUUGCAGCUGGUUUUGGCCUUCUUUAUUUCACUGAUUGGAAAGCAGUUCUUCAAUACAUGCCCAUCUACAAUACUAAGUACAAGAAGGAAGAAUAA